CGGCGCUCGCACGACCUCGAGGGGCUGCCCCUGCUUGCAGACACGGGGCGCUUCCGCUAGGGGGCGACAGUGCCCCGCUCCUGUGUCCCCGCUACCCUUGUGACCCCCGGGACCGAUGAAGACACAUCUUUUAGGAAUUAAGUCUGACCGCCUUGGGGCGAGGGGACGUGCGCAGGCAAAGGUUGCCCAAUUUGGCAGAGUCUUUUCAUUCCUUCUCUGCAACGGGAGGUGUGAGAACCUUGACCGUGGCCCGGCUGGAAGACUUCACUUCCUAAGGCGCAGAAGGCACGGGCCUGGCUAGCAAGGAUCACAGCUCCCAUCCCGCGUGUGGCGCCCCCGUCUCUCCGGACGACCUAACCUAUCUGACCUUACCUGGGAGUGUCACUUCCGCAGCGGUCUCUCCUCUAAGGAGUGAGGGGGAUGGUCCUUAGGGCGGAGGAAGCGCGCUCUUCGCUCGCACUGCGCAUUAUCCGCGCCGGCUGCCAAUUUUGGCGCGCGGCUGCAACAUGGGCGGGCUGGCGGGCGAGCACACUUUAAGCCGAGCUCGCCGCGCGCCGACCCCCUGGGGCGCGGGCUACCGCCCCGGCCGCGGCGUCUCCGGGAGGGUGGCCUGGAGCUCGCACUCGGCACCUCCGAGCGCCGCCCGCAGCUCGGCCCCUUCGUCUGUGUGCCCGGAGGACUCGUUCCCACAGGAUCGCCACGACGCGAGCAGCAAUGGGAACCCGCGCAUCCCCCACCUCUCUUCAGCCGGACAACACCUCUACAGCCCCGCGCCUCCUCUCUCGCACACCGGGGUCGCAGAGUACCAGCCGCCCCCCUACUUCCCGCCGCCCUACCAGCCUCUGGCAUACUCGCAAUCCACCGACCCCUACUCGCACUUGGGAGAGGCUUACGCUGCAACCAUCAACCCCCUGCACCAGCCUGCGCCCACAGGCAGCCAGCAGCAGGCUUGGCCCGGUCGACAGAGCCAGGAGGGGGCUAGCCUGGCCCCGCACCACGGCCGCCCUGCUGGCCUGCUACCCCACAUUUCAGGGCUGGAAGGGGGCGCGGUGAGUGCCAGGCGGGAAGCCUACCGCCGACCCGAGCUGCUGCUGCCUCAUGCGCACGCCCUGGAAGCCGCUGGCCUGGCCGAGAACUUGGGGCUGCAUGACAUGGCCCAUCCCAUUGACGAGGUGCAGAAUGUGGACGAUCCGCACCUGCUUCUGCACGACCAGACUGUCAUUCGCAAAGGACCCAUUUCAAUGACUAAGAACACUUUGGGCCUCCCCUGCCAAAAGGACAUGGUGGGAUCUGUCAUGAACCCCAGUGAGGUCUUCUGCUCCGUUCCUGGAAGGCUGUCCCUGCUCAGCUCCACCUCUAAAUACAAAGUGACAGUGGCUGAGGUACAGAGGCGACUGUCACCACCCGAAUGCCUAAAUGCCUCGCUCCUGGGAGGUGUGCUCAGAAGAGCAAAAUCCAAAAACGGAGGCCGGUCCUUGCGGGAGAAGUUGGACAAAAUUGGGUUGAACCUUCCAGCAGGGAGACGGAAAGCUGCCCAUGUCACUCUGCUGACGUCUCUGGUGGAAGGCGAGGCCGUCCACCUGGCGCGGGACUUCGCCUACGUGUGUGAGGCUGAGUUUCCCAGUAAAGCAGUGGCUGACUAUUUAACCAGACCGCACCUCGGGGGACGAAAUGAGAUGGCCACCAGGAAGAGUAUGCUGCUAGCAGCACAGCAAGUGUGCAAAGAAUUCACAGACCUUCUCCAUCAAGACCGAACCCCCAACGGGAACAACAGGCCCACUCCGGUCUUGGAGACGAACAUACAAAACUGCCUGUCUCAUUUCAGCCUGAUAACGCACGGCUUCGGCAGUCAGGCCAUCUGCGCUGCUGUUUCUGCGGUGCAGAAUUAUAUCAAGGAGGCUUUGAUAACCAUUGACAAGUCCUAUAUGAACCCCGGAGACCAGAGUCCUGCUGAUUCCAACAAAACCAUGGAGAAGAUGGAGAAGCACCGGAAAUAAUGCGGAGUGCAUGGAAGCAAGAGAGGGAAGGGAGAGGACCCUUGGGAGCAGCAGCCCGGGCAAGCGGUUCUCACCCACCUCGUCCUGGACCUGUCUUCUCGGAGUCUUUGUGGUUUUUCUAUUCAACCCUGGACAUAACUAUCUUGAAGCAAUUUGCCUUGGUUCUUUUAUUCAUUAAAACAUUUAUUUUUUGGAAAUCUAUUCCUUCUCUGAAAGGUGCUAUGAGUUUUGGAAUCCCUUUGUGAAACCCCCUGGGCUAACGAGAAACCCCACUCUGAGCUGAGCUGCUGACACCGCAGAAGGAUGUGGGAGAUGAAGGGAUCAAUCGUAACUUACUUUUUUUUCAGUGUUAAGAUACAAUGUUUGACUUUUAUGUCCACUGAAAUAUUUAUCUAAAAAAAUAGUAUUUAAUCUAGCUUUCCCCCCCCCCAGUGAUCACACCUUCUGGUAGGAGGCAAAGGUCGAUGCUCUUAGGGGCUGUUCACGGUGGUAUGUGACAGGCUUCCAGCCCCAUGCUCAAAGGGGUGGGGGUGGGGUCUCCUGGUUCUAAGGAACCUGAGAAUGAAGCCCGCUGAUUGUUUCCUGCCUUUAAAAAAAAGAUGUUGAAAGUUUAAAAUUCUUUGGAUAGUAAAGUUUUUUUUAAAUGACCUGUUCCUUUAAGGUAUAGAAGCUUUAUUUGCAUAUUUAUUUCAUGCCUUUUUUUUCCACGUAAACUUGAAGAGGGUAGGCACACAGCAGCGCCUGUCAUCCCCAAGUCCCCGAGGAGGCUCUGUGUUGAGAGACUGUUGAGUGUACAGAUUUUAUUUAUGCAUAAUUUAAUGGGAUCUGUAAAUACUUCUUAUGACUUUUUGAGAAAUGGGAUUCGAUUUUAAUAAUAACUUUUAAUGGUGGUGGGUAACAUAGCACCUCUAGAUUUUAUGCAUACGCACACAGGGUAUUGAGAUUGAAGCCUGAUGCAGGUCGGCUCAGGCAUGAUUUCAUUGGAGCUGUUUAGAGAGCUAUGUCCAAUAUCCAACCUGUUCCUUCGGGCUGAACCAGAAGAGUAGAGAAUAGUUUGUGUGGGUGAAGUAUGGAUCGGAAUUGAACUUCUAUGCCUGUAAGUGCUCACUAAAUAAUUGUGUGUAUGAUACCUGUAUAAUAAAAAUAUUCUCCAUAGAA